CGUUUUCGCACGGUCACACUCCUUUUCACUUUAGCGAGGCGAAAUCUGUCACAUUUUUGACAAAAUUUCCAGUCGGUGAUUAACGGUUUAACAUUGCACUUUAGCAACGGCGAGACCCCGCAGACAGCAGACAGCUAAAACAACAGCAGCAAGAUGCCCAAGAAUAAAGGAAAAGGUGGCAAGAACCGUCGUCGUGGUAAGAACGAGAACGAGUUCGAGAAGCGUGAGCUGAUCUUCAAGGAGGACCAACAGGAGUACGCGCAGGUGACCAAGAUGCUGGGCAACGGUCGGCUGGAGGCAAUGUGCUUUGAUGGCGUCAAACGCCUGUGUCACAUUCGGGGGAAACUUCGCAAGAAGGUAUGGAUUAACCAGGGCGACAUCAUAUUGGUCGGAUUGCGUGACUACCAGGACUCGAAGGCGGACGUCAUAUUGAAGUACACACCGGACGAGGCCAGGAAUCUGAAAACGUACGGCGAGUUCCCCGAAUCGGUGCGCAUCAACGAGACAGUCACAUUCGUGGAGGAUGGCUUCGACGAGGACAUCGAGUUCGGCGACGAGAUCAGCUCGGAGGACGAUGCUGAUUCCGUUGACAACAUCUGAUUAACAAGAAACAAGGUGACGUCGGCAGGGACGGCGGCAGCAGCAGCACCAGCAGCAGAGUCACUUCGAGAAUAGGGAAUUUAACAAAUUGUAAAAAGCAGAAGCAGCAAGUAGACCGCAUCCCGUUUGAGAGAUCCAAGCAAGCAGACUAUCCAACCAAUAAAUUAAUCCAAUCCCCAGAAUGGCGGCGGCGGCGGAGAGAGAAGCAACAGAAACCAAAACGGAUGGCGAUCAUACUAUCUGUAUUUAGUUAGUUAGUUUGAAGCCACUUUCACGUUCAAUAUUCUAUUAAAUUUCUCGAAGCUUUUAUUAUUCAAGUAAAGUAAGUUUAAAAAUUCAAAUGAUUUACGGCCGCCUUUAAUCAACAAAGAACAACAACAAAUUGUGUAAAACAAAUAGUGAAACUGUUAAGCAGAGCAAAACAAUGCAGCUUUUCCCUUAAAAUUAUUAAAUUAAAAAAAA